UGCUCACACAUGUCAUUCACACAGCUUCUUUUAGCCGUGUCAGCAGAUUAAAAGAUUGGUUGUGUAUCACCCGAAGUGCCCAAAUUGACUGAAACCGAAAAUAUGCUGGGACACGCACACACUGCUGACAUUAUAUGGACUACUGGCCUUUGCUCAUCCUGGGAAUUGGAGUAGCUGUCUUGGGAUCCGUUCUUCUUCUACACCACCUCCUAACUGUGCGACAUAAAAAGACGGUGGAUCCUUUAUUUUACGUGUUUGCUGAGUUUUCCUUCACUUGUCUGGUGGGCCUGACUAAUGCACUGGAGCAGGAUGGCUUCAUAUCUGGCUUCAUGGGCUUCUACAUCAAGAUGGGUGAGCCUCAUCUGAGUACUGCGUAUGCCGUGAUGAUGUCAUACUGGGAAGGCAUUGUUCACUUUUUUCUCUUCUUAAUCAUCAUCCACCGCAUAUUCAAAGGGAAGUCCUACCGCAGCCUGGCACUGCUUUGGGUGGGAUCCUCCAUCGCGCAUCAACUUGUUCACAUCCCUGGAGUGGUUGUAGGUAAACAUGGAUCCAAUAUCCGUCCAGCUUUUUGGAGGAACAUUCCCUUCUUUUUAGCACCUUUCUGGGCAGCUUUCAUCCUUUUUAACAGGCCCAGACAGAUGCCAAUCAUCACGGCAGACAAGAUCACAGCCCAACAAAAGAAAGGUCUACUAUCUCGUCCUCUUGACCUGCAGCUCGCAGUGUUGCUACUCGGAGCUGUGGCCUUCUCUGUUUUUCGAGGGUUUGUGGUGCUGGAUUGUCCUCUAGAUCUGUGCUUCAAAUACAUUUAUCAGUUUGAGCCAUACCUCAAAGAUCCUGUGGGCUUCCCCAGAGUCAUGAUGCUGGUUUAUUUGUUCUACGCUGUGCCCCUGCUGACAGUCGUCAUCUAUGGUCUUAUAAGACCAGGCUGCAGCUGGAUGCUGGACUGGACUCUCUUCCUUGCUGGUGCCACCGCCCAGGCCCAGUGGUGCCACAUCGGAGCAUCUCUACACUCCCGCACCCCCUUCACAUACAGAGUCCCAACAGACAAAUUGUGGACUGUUAUCACCUUCAACGUGUUGCUUGCUGUUGUGCCUACUCUGCUGGCUCUCCACUGCCACAACAGUCCCGCUUAUUUCAUGAAACCUGUUCCCAAAGGACAGAGCAAUAGCAACAAGAAGAAAAACUAGACCACACAGCAGCCAAGGGUUCUCCAGGUACACAUUUUGUCAAGACUAAUGCCUCAUGGAAAACCCUCUUAGCACACUGCAUGUUCAAGCCCCCGAACCUGGAGGAAAGUUGCAAGCAUGUUUCCGUGAGUGGCCCUGUGCAACACUCCCUGUGUGGACUGUUGGACCCUGAUAAGGUCUUUAAUGGGGGUUGAGGACUUGAUGAGCUAGCACAGCUUUCAGGUGACUCAUGCAAACAUCCACAUGCGGUCUAGCCACAUCUUAAUCAGUCAUUGACUAAAUUAAACAAGAACACCACUUUAUUUUUUGGUACCAAAACAAACAUAUUUACUGGAUUUACAGAUCAGAAUAAUUUUAAACGACGCGAAAGUGUACAUGAAGGUAAAUGUUCAAGGGACGACCAAGUCACAAAUCCAAGAAAUGACUCAGUAUUGCAAUUCUUAAUAUUGAACAAUAAAUGUGACUAUUACUAAGGACUCUAUCUGUGCUCGCAUUGUUUUUAAAUUGGAAUUCAUUCAACAUUGACACACUGACAUUGUGUUUGAGCGGAGUUGAUCUUUCACCCGAUGGUGAUGUCACAUUGCCUUACGUGCUGCACACCACUGGCUCACAUAACUGAUAAGAGGUGAACCCUGGAUGGAAGUGCACUGUCACACUCGACAAUCGAUCAUGUGACAUCGUUGUCACUUUCCAUUGGGAGUAGUUAAAAAAAUGCUCCAAAAAAGUAGAGUUUGAGCUAUUUCUCGCUAUUCUCGUUGAUAUUAAUUGAUAAUUAAUUCCAUGAUCACGCUCAAAACAGUCAUAUCUCAAAUCGUCUUUCCCCAUUGAAAUGAAUCGAAAUGCCAUUAAUCCAUUACAGCUGCUCAAAAACACCCAAAAUGUCUGUAAUGUUUUUUAAUUAGGGACUUGCACUCUAUAAUACUGUACUUUUAAAAAAAAAUAAAACAUACAUAAUAAAAUAGAAUGUAAAGAAUAAAACAGUGUUUGCCACAUUUGUUGCUAAAAUUCAGUGGACAUUGUGCUGCUCCUGGGGGCAGUAUAACACAGACAAGGAUAUACAUGGAGACGGUCAGUGAUAUUAGUAUAUGCUCGUGAGUAUUAUAUUAUUUGUCUACGUGUUGCUCCACUAUUUGUUAGCCCAUCAAUGGCGUUUUGUACUGUUUGUUAGCAUUAAUCUAAACAGACUUGUUAGCCUUAGCUGUAGCUAUGUGGUUGUUUUACAAACACGUGUAAUUCUCUCUUUUAGUUUU